ACAGUGAGGGCCACUGGCAGCACACACUGAAUAAAUAUGGACACUCAGGACCAGCAGCCUAAUUCAAAAGAACUUCAAGAGAGACUUCAAGCUCUGACGGUAGAAAAUUUCCCGCUACGUGAGAAAAAUGAACGCCUCUUUGCCAAAGUGGGCUACCUGGAGAGCAGACUGGGCCACCUGGCUGGCUCCAACACAGACCUGUCCUGCAGGCUGGUCCGGAGUGAAGAGGAAAAACUGAAGAUAUCCAAGGAGCUGGUGGAGGAAAAGAUUCAGACCAACAGGAUGAGAGAGCGAUUUGAGGAGGAGACGUUUGAGCUGAAAAACAAGAUAUUGAACCAAAACAGUGUGAUAACAGAGCUGGAGCUGCAGCGAGACAAACUGUCCAGGGGACUUCAGUCGGCCGAGGCUCGUCUGACGGCCGGAGAGAGAAGCGGACGAGACCUGACGGAGGACUUCGCCGCUCUGAGGAAGAGCUACCAGGUUCUGGCCCAGGCCCACGACAAAGAGCUGACCCAGGGCGAGGAGCUGAGUGCGGAGCUGCUGGCACUGGCCCAGGCCCAGGACGCCCUCCGCAGGCAAAUGGAGGAGCAGCAGCGAAAUGUCCAGACCAGCACGCAGGGGCUCCAUGGAGAGCUGGACAGGGUGCGGGCCUUGAUCAGCCGCAUGUCACAGAACAGAGUCAAGACUGAGGAUUUGGCAGCAUUGGACAAGGAACAAAAAACUAUGAAAGAAACUCUUCUUGGAAACCAGGAUGAAAUGAAAGACAUGCUGGAGAAGCUGAGGGACGGUUACAUGGAGCAGCAGAGGAACCUGGAGGACAAACUGGCGGCCGUGAGCAAAGAGCACCAGGAGAGCAGGGGGGUGAUCCGUGACAGCCGGGUGAAACUGUCUGAGCAGAACGCGGCCCUGAUGUGCUCUCAGAGCCAAGCGAAGGAGGCAGAAGAAGAAAACUCAAAGCUGCAGCUUCAGGUGAAAGAGCUGAACGAGGAAUUCCGAUCACGGCUGGUGUGCUACGUGCAGGACUUGGCGGACUACAUUGAUGGACUCGGAGAAGGAAAACCUCCCUCAGAGGGACCUAAGAUGAGGGUGUUUGUAGAAAACCUGCUGCAGGAGGUGCGUUCCUCCUACAGGGCCAGAGAGGAGCAGCUGGCUUCUGCUGCUCGCUCCUACAAGAAGAGGCUGCAGAAGAUCACUAAGACCCAUCAUGCACUGCUCAUCGCAUACAGGGUUCAAAGGGAGCAGGUGUUGGCCAAACCAGAGUGUGGACUUGACCCCGGACUUCCAGAGGCCAGUUUCAGCCUGGAGCUCACUGAGCUGAGGGAGGAAACCGAGAGCGAGCUGCAGCAUGUUCGUCAGGACAAGGCGAGGCUGGAGGCUCAGCUGCAGGCGGCCCUGGAGCAGGUGGCUGCCCUAAAGAUGCCUGCUCAGAAUUCACGCUGUCUGGAGCCGGUAAAAGUGGAGCAGACAUGUGAGGAACCCUGGACGGGCGUAAGGACACGGCUAAAGGAGAUCACAGACUCUACGCUGGUGAGCUUUGAGAAGGAGCGAGCUCUUCUCAUCACCAGGGCGACAGUUGCAGAGGCGCAGGUGUCCGAGUUGCAGGACUACGUCGACAACCACCUGGGCAGGUAUAAAGAGGAGAUCACACAUCUCCGCAGACUGCAUGGCAAACAGGAGGGAGGAUCCCAGAGUGCCAAUUCUUCUCUCCACUAAGGAAACUGGAAAUCCCAUCUUCAGAUAAUUCAGAUUGCACAGUUUUAUGUUAUAAAUCUCACACUUACGUCAUCUGUAGCUUUAAACAUUUAUUCCCCUGAUAUCACAUAAAUCAAAAGCAGUUUGACAAAUUCUGUUUCCAUAUAAAUCCAUCUGGAUAACCUGUUUUAAGUGUUUAAACAUGACGUGUGACUCCCUGCUGCGUUCACACACCAUCACUAGGUGGUGCUGCUCAUUCUGCUGCUUUUCUCCAUGAAAGGCCCCCAAAGAAAGCCGGCCUUGAGAAAAAAAUGCCUGGAAUGUUUGUAAAGCUUAUGUCAAUUUCACGAGCUCAGGAGAAGAAAGAGCGGUGACAGCGAGGGGUCACCCUGGUGAGAAUAAUGUCAUUACAUGUUACCCAGACACGUACACGCCUGUGAAUGCUCUCCCCAUCAAUGCCGGGCUGAGAACUGCGGCGCACAGCAAGCCAGGCUUUUUACAGAGGGAGGGUUCAUAUUUAUAACCUUCAGUGUUUGUCUGAAUGGGCAACUAUUCCCUUUAAAUCCCUUUAACAGUGAAAGGGUCUGUUUUUCUUUUUAAUAGCGUGUUUUGGUUGCAUGGUUUCAUGCUACGGCCAACAGCUGAUAUAGCUUUAAAAAUAGAAAGUACUUUUAGAUGUGGCAUUAUUUAAAAAGUUUGGUGUAAAGUGUCAGAAACUUUGAGUCAAAGUUGGGUCGAAAGCAGAGGUAGUCAUGGGAAUGAUGGGAAAAGUAGAGGAGAUGGAGAGGGUCAUAGGCAUGUCACCCCAAUCCC